AUGGCUGACAAAAAGCCCAAGGAAGGAAUCAAGACCGUGAACAAGGAUCAUAUUAAUUUGAAGAUGGCGGGACAGGAUGCUUCUGUGGUACAGUUUAAGAUUAAGAGGCACACACCACUUAGUAAACCAAUGAAAGUCUAUUGUGAACGACAGGGUUUGUCAAUGAGGCAGAUCAGAUUCCGAUUUGAUGGGCAGCCAAUCAAUGAAGUAGACACACCUGCACAGGUGGAAAUGGAGGAUGGAGAUACAAUUGAUGUGUUCCAGCAGCAGACAGGAGGUGUCUACUAA